AUGUCGCUCUCAGAACGGGCCAAACACUCCGAGCAAGCCUCCCAAAGACUCACAAUAUGGAAAGUUCUGCAAGACUUGUGGGAUCCAGACACAAACCCCUCUGGAACUGUCAGCUUGGGCGUCGCCGAAAACAGGCUCAUGCAUGAUACUCUCUCAAAGCACAUCCACGAGAACUUGACCCUGUCCAACCACGCCUUCACUUAUGGAGACGGUGCCUCCGGGUCGAAGCAUCUGCGGAAAGCCAUGGCUCGUUUCCUCAACAAGCAUCUCAAGCCCGUGACCCCAAUCGUUCCCGCUCAUGUCAUCGUCACCAAUGGGUGCAGCUCAGCGAUUGAGCAUCUCUCAUGGGCGUGUGCCAACCCCGGAGAAGCAUUCCUGCUGGGACAGCCGUAUUACGGAACUUUCAUCGAGGACUUGACGGCUCGCACGGGAGCAAAAGUCAUUCCCGUUCCCUUUCACGGCGUUGAUCCGUUGAGCGAGAACGCCGUCGCCAAGUACGAAGAGGCCCUGAAAAAGGCAGAAGCUGAAGGAACGAAGGUGGCAGGGUUGGUGCUCUGCAAUCCUCACAAUCCGCUUGGCAGAUGUUACUCGAGAGACACCAUUGUUGGGCUCUUGAGGCUCUGCGAAAAGUACCAGAUGCACUUCAUCAGCGACGAGAUCUAUGCCCUCUCCGUUUGGGAGAACACAGUUGACACCGGCGUUCCUCUUGAACCAUUCACAUCCUGUCUCAGCAUUGACCCAACUGGCAUCAUCGACCCGUCUCGAGUCCACGUUCUCUGGGGCAUGUCCAAGGAUUUCGGGGCCAACGGCCUCAGAGUGGGCGCGCUCAUCUCACAGGCCAAUCCAUCGCUGCACGCUGCGCUGAUUCCCCUCAACCUGUACAGCUCAGCGUCAUCCAUUGCCGACCAUGCCACAGCGAACAUUCUUGAGGACGACGCCUGGGUGGAAGCAUAUGUCGCCGAGAAUCAGAGGAGGCUGGCAGAGCAGUACAGGGUGGUGACUUCGUGGGCAAAGGACAACGGCGUCAGCUAUCGACCGGGUGUGAAUGCUGCUUUCUUCCUGUGGGUGGACCUGGGGAGCGUCUUUAAAAAGCUUCAUCCCAAUGCCGAGACGAGUGAUUUGAACAUGACAAUAGCCACGGCAUUGCUAAAGCACAAGGUGUUUCUGGCGUCUGGGACGGCGUUUGGUUCAGAAGAGCCUGGUUGGUUUCGGAUUGUGUUUUCACAUCCGGAGGACUAUCUGCGGGAGGGGCUGAAGAGAGUGCUUACGGCGUUGGCUGAGCUGUGA